AUGUGCGCGUGUGCAGAGGGAUACAGACAGAGAGAGGAUGAAGCCGUUGGAUGCAGUCAGGUCAGUACAGCCCCAGCUGCAUCUACAGCCGCGGAUUCCUCAACGUUGACGAUCGGUCUGGCAGUAGGUAUAGGCGGAGUGGUUCUUCUGGGCGUGGUCGUCCUAGCCGUUGUUGUUAUUUUCAGGGCAAGAAAUCGUUCGAGCGGAGGUGUUAGAGAAGAUAUAGUGUUAGAAAAGCAGAGGAAACGUUCUGACGUCAUAGCUUACGAAAACAUCACUGAUCAAUCUGUACAACAACAGCGCGGGGUUACUAAUCCAACAUACCCAGUACUACCCGAUGUGUUGGGUUCCAGUACACAGUUGCCAUCCGGCACUGACGUCCGCUACGAGGAAGUUGACCUACCGCCACAGGCAGAACUGAAUCACGAUGCACAGAGUUUGUACAGCUUAGCAGGAAAUUUCGACAAUCAGAAACCUAGUGAGAAUGAACAUAAGGAUCUGUAUUCAAAUCACAAGAUUGCAGACAACAAAGCCAAACAGAUGGCUACGGAGAAAAGCCAGGCCUCAGAAACUUCCCCGAGGGAAUCCACGUACAAUGUUUUGUCCAAACCUCACGUAAAACCUACCACUGCCACCACCAACACCGGGGACAGUUAUAACACACUGUAUGGUUUAAAACCAAACGAUGAAAGUCCAGAAAAUAUUCAGCCCGGGCAGGCCGGAUACGGAAAUCCACAUAGAAACGAUGACGUCCAAUAUGACACAACAUACAGCGCUGUCAGACAAAUUGGGGACAAUGGCGAACAGCUGACAAGCAAUGAACAGCAAGAGGGUAAUGAGUAUGAUGAACUUAAGGUGCAGAAAGUUUAAAAGGAACAGUUCACAAGCGUAUAGUUAAGAGUCACCUGCUGUCAUUCGGACAGUCCUGUGAAGGACCCAUUAAAAAGUUUUAGAAGACAACACACGACGUGGAAAGGGGUACAAGGUGGAAAUGUCACAAA